GCUGUCUUCUGCAAGCCGGUGCGAAAGUUAAUGUGCCGAACAUAUUUGGACUUUUACCAAUUGUGGAUAUUAUGAAGUUUGGAAGUCUAGAACUUCUGAAACUACUUAUAGACCAUGGCGCUGAUGUAAAUGCUCUCGAUACAGAGAAGAAUCCAGUCUUAUCGUUAGCUUUAAACAACAAGAGUAAAGAGAUCGCAAGUCUUCUAGUGCAGAAAGGUGCAGACGUUAAUGUUAGCUCCAACGAUCAUGUGCCGUGUUUGUUAGAGGCAAUAAAGCUAGGGGAUGUUGAAAUAAUUAAAAGCAUUACGCAGAAAGGAGCGGACUUAAAACAAACAGAUGCCGACGGCAAUACAUGUCUGCAUAUUGCCGUCUACAUUGCACAAGAUCAGGGUGCUGCUCAGAGUCCACUUCCGAUAUCUUCACUUUUUCAAGAUAGACAGUCUACUGUGUCUUUACAAAACCACCAGUAUAUUAUGAAACAUAUGAAUGAUAGACUAAGCACUGAAGUUUUACAGCUUCUUUUAGAUAACAAAGCUGAUGUAAAUCUCGCAAACAACAAGGGAAGAACUGUUUUACAUUACUGUGUUAAAACUAGACGUCUCGAACAGGUAAAAUUGUUGCUUGAAGCUGGAGCUGAUGUUAACAUACAGAACUCGGAUCAUAAAACGCCCGUACAUAUAGCAGCCCACUUGUUUUGUUGUACAGACACACAGACCGACUUAAACAUCUCAGUGGAGGCGGAAAUUUUACAAGCACUCCUUGUUCCUGCAGCUAAAGUUAACAUUGCAGACAAAUCUGGUAACACAGUUCUACAUUAUGUAGUUCUGCAAGAAAAUUUAGAUAUCGUUCACAGAUUACUUGAUGCCGGUGCUGAUGUAAGAAUGCGGAAUAAUUUCGGCGAAACAGUUUUGCAUUUUACAGCAAGAUAUCAGUGUAAUAAAAUUAUGACUAUUAUUUUGAAUAUGCCACACAUAUCAGAUGUAAUUGAUGUUAAAGAUGGGCGAUUAGAAUCACUGCCAUCCAAACGUCGUAAGUUAAAUUCUUACCGACAAAGUAAUAUACAUAUUUUGGAUACCAACUUUACUUCUGUGGAAGAUUACUUAAUCCAAAGUACUGGCAAAACGGCUUUAAUGCUUGCAUUAGAGAAUGGACGUGAAGAUAUGGCUUUCAAAUUGUUGUCCUGUGGUGCUAGUGUCGAUGUAAACAAUGAUAAUGGAUACACUGCUUUACACUUCGCAGUAUUUAAAUCUAGCAUUGAAAUAGUGCGGCAUUUAAUACAAGCUGGAUGUAAUGUUAAUGAUCAGAGUCACGAUGGAGACACGCCCUUAAUGUUAGCCAGAAAUAAAGACAUUCUAAACAUUUUGAUAGAUGCAGGCGCGGAAAUAAAUUCGAAAAACCAUUGUGGCAUAAAAGCCUUACAUACAGCUAUAUGUAGAGGAGAUGUAGAAUCUGUUGAUAUUUUAAUUAGUAAAGGAUCAGUAAUAAACGAAGCUACUCCUGAACUGUUGCCGCCGUUAACUCUCGCAGCAUGUCUUAAAGAAAUAAAGAUUAUUAAACGUUUAUUAAAAGCUGGAGCCGAUGUCAAUAAAUUAUCAUCUACAGGAAUCUCACCUGUAAUGGCCGCGUCAACUAAUGUUACAGAUAUUGAAAUGGCAUCUGGUAUACGAGUUAAUUCUUCGGUAUUUGAAAUCCUCUAUAAUUAUGGCGCUAAUUUCAAUCUAACCGACAAUAAAGGUCAGACAGCGCUAAUUUAUCUAAUUAAACAUGAAAUUUUUCUAGAAAAGUUCCUAAAAUACUUCAUAUGGUAUGGUGCCGACCUUGAAAUUAAUGACCGAGAUGAAAGGUCAGCUUUAACCCACUGCGUAUUGCAAGAGUGCGAUUACCAGAGGGUUACCUAUUCAGAAAUGUUGCUUCAAGCAGGAGUGAAUCCGUUGGUAGGUGUAAAUUAUCGGCAUUUGCUCUCUAAACAUGAACUAGGGGGCGUAAAACAACAGGUUUGGCUUUUGAAGGCAGAGGAGUAUAGGCCAACAUAUGAAAUUAUUAUCCGGUUUGGUCAUUUCAAUUUUCUUCGUAUGUUGAUAUACAACGGAGUAGUAUUAAAACCGUCUUCGCCGAAUCAAAACACGCCUAAGUUAACUGCCCUAAUGUUAUCUAUUCAUCUUGAAAAAGUGGACUUAUUGAAGUUUCUUAUAGCUACAUCAUAUAUGACCCUCGAUGAUUUGAAAAAUUUGAGUGAGUUGAGCAAAAUCAAUUUGAAGGACCGCCGCUUUGGCACCAAUAAUCAAUGGCCGUUGAAUGCUGACAUUUUUAAAAUUGUCAAAUCAGCUAUGUCUCAACCCUGGUCACUGUUCAAACUUGCUUUAAUAACAUUUUCAACAACGUUGGGAGAAAGUCCAGAUCGAAAUGAAAGACUCUCACAGAUACAUUUACCGCCUAAACUCAAAAGUAUUUUGACGUUCCAAACUCCAAUAGCAAAACUCCCUGUCAGUGAAUGGUCGAAAAUAUCACUGUUUUGACACGGUUGUUUUUUAACCUGUGCCAUAACCCUACACAAUGAUCUUCUCUUUAGUGUAGUUGAAUAGUAAACAUGCUAGGAUCGUAAUGCUAGAUACUUUUCUACUAUGCUAUUGCCACUGUGUUGAAUGGCUACGCUGUAAACUUUUCAUACUUCAUUUUUUUUUUACUUAUAGGCCUACUUGUAACAUAUGUUUUUAUCACAAAUACUAAUUGAUAGCCCCAUUAACCGUUAAGCUUUUCAAAUUAUUUUUGUUAGCAGGAUCAAUCAUAAAGAUAUAUUUGAAACAUUGUU